CCGUUAACGCCGCACGGCCACCGCUCACCGUCACCACCACCGCCGGCGUGCUCCGUACACCGACCGAGAACAAGUCAAGAUGGCGACCGAGGGUCAGUCCGAGUACGAGUCGGUCCUCUGUGUCAAACCUGAUGUCAACGUUUACCGAAUCCCACCGAGAGCAUCCAACCGGGCUGUCAGGGCGGCCGACUGGAAGCUGGAUGCCCCCGACUGGACGGGACGCAUGCGUGUGACGGCCCGGGGCAAAGUGGCCUACGUGAAGCUGGAAGACAAAAUCUCUGGGGAGCUGUUUGCACAGGCACCAGUGGAAGAGUACCCUGGCAUCACAGUGGAAACAGUUAGUGACUCAAGCCGUUACUUUGUGCUCCGCAUCCAGGACGACAACGGCCGGAGUGCAUUCAUAGGAAUUGGCUUUGGAGACCGAGGCGAUGCCUUUGACUUCAAUGUUGCACUUCAGGACCACUUCAAGUGGGUGAAACAGGAAAAUGAAUUGAAGAUGCAGGCGCAGGCUCCAGACAACACCCCUAAACUGGAUCUGGGCUUCAAAGAAGGACAGACCAUUACUCUCAAUAUUGGGCAAUCAAAAAAGAGGGACAGGUCUCGCCCGCAGAGUUCAGGGGGCCUUGGACUUCUUCCACCUCCUCCUGGGGGCAAGAUAGCCCCGCCUCCUUCAUCCAGAUCGACCAAUCAUAACACACAACCACCUGCAGGAGGAAGUGACACUGGUUGUUUGCUAGACCUGGACACCAGUAACUCCAACUCAGCACCUCCGUCCAACCCCACCACCACAGCCAGCUCCGACCUGUGGGGAGACUUUGACUCUGUAUCCCCAAAGUGAGGAGGAAUACGUUUAGUUUUUCUCCCUCUUAUCUUUCUGUAAAUUAACGCAGCAGUUUUUGCAACUUUUGUUUUCCCCCGUUAUGGGGACCCGUAUCUCUCCCUGCCAAGCAGGGUAACCCCCUGUACUAGUUUGUUUUUAUUUUAGCUCAGUCCCUCAUGCCUUUAGCCAGACAUACAUUCAGAUCAGUCUAGUCUUAAUUAGAAAUAUUUAAAAAUAUCCACAUCCUCCUCCCUCUCUCCUUCUGUAUAUUCCUUUUAGCUCUCUAGUUUCCAUCCUCUCCCCUUUUGUCUCCUCCUGUCAAUGUUUUGUUUGUUAAUUUCUAUCAUAGAGUCUACAUAAUGGGAAUAUGAUCACGGGAGACAUAAUCAGAAACAUCUCAUGAUGAAAUCUAAUUAAAUAUAAUAAUGAAUGAAUUUCUUGUACAGAGAAUAUUUAUUUUAAAUGUAUAUAUUGUCGGUAGUUUGCAAUUAUUGUAAUUGGUGUCGUCACCUGUAUGCUCUGUAUCUUAUUUUAUCUCCAAGUCCCCAGCAGAGGGACUGAUUAUAUGCACUGACUGGCAGUCUAGUCUGUCUAUGUAGUUAGUGAUGCAUAAAGUCUGCAUUUAACACAGGGAUUGUUCAAAUAUUAAGUGAAGUUUACCACAAUGAUUUUACUUGAAAGAAGCUUAUUUACAGACUAGCUGUGCUAUCUAGCGCGCUCUAGUGGCUCCACAGCGUCAUUUUGAGAGGAGAUGUCGGCUCAAGCUGCAGCUGUUGUACACAUAUUUCACCGGGGAUGGGUCCUUGGCACUGUGUGCAUUGUUUGAACUGUAACACACUACAAAGAGACAGGGAAGUAGGAAUGUUUGAUGCGAUAGGGUGUUAGCGAAAGAAAGAGAAGCAUCAAGCGCUUUUAUCUUUGCCUCAAGGGGAAACAGAGAUGAUUUAGUCCGUGUUAUGUCAUCUCCACUCAGCCCAGCUGUUAAAGCUGCGACUGGUGAGUCAUGUAGGUCACGACCUCUCUCCUCCUCAAUGAAUAGGUCUGUGUUUCUGCACUGCCCCGUCAGUCUGGAGAGCUUCACCUCCUUAAUUCUUUAUGAGACGGUGGUCAGACCUCGACCGCAGCGUGUUGUACUGUAUAAACUGAGUUUUAACUGUGAACUUCAAUUCCACGUCAAAGGGAUAGUUAGGAUUUUUUUAAAAUGGGGUUGUAUGGGGUACUUUUCUGUAGUCACCGUAUUACAUACAGAAGAUGUCAGCCGGUAUGCCCCCAGUUUGGAGAAGCAGGCUGGAGUCCGACACAGACGCUAAUGUACUGCUGUGGAUGGGGUGCAGCGACAAUGUAUUUAAGCCACCUAAAUAAAGUCCCACCCUGAAAAUAUCAAUGUCAGUUUAAGUCUAUGUUAUACUGGAAGUGUUUUCACCCCUUUACCUCUCUGUCAGUCAGCCCAUUCUGACAGUAAAGCUGUUGCAGCUUCAGUUCCUCAUCUAUUAAUUAAUUAAUGAAUUUGUGUUACUGUGGGACGUAGGUGAAUCCAAACUAACCCUUUCAGACAUCAAAGUCACACUAAAACACAAACUAAAGUGACUGAUUAAGGCAGCGAUAGAGCAGCAACUCCUGUGUUCAGUGAUGAUAAAACAACGUUUUUCUCAGUGGAGUCUGGCUUUGAAGAGAGCGAUGUAACUGCCUCAUUUUCCUGUUGGAAAUCACUGUCUGACAUUAAGGUAAAGCAGUAAAAAAGUUACUCUCAAUAUAGCAUACGACUAAGCAAACAUUGGUCUUUUUUGGUGACUAAACUAUGUUUUGUUGCUGACCAGUCCACAGUAGUAGUUUGCUUAGCUUUCAGGUCAGACAGGUCAGAUCUUUUCUAAAUUAGGGUAAAGCCGACUGACUUCUACUGUCUGUAAUGUACCGUCUCUUGAUCAGGGUUCCCACGGUCAUUGGAAACAUAAAAAGGUUACAGUCACCUUUCUCAGGCCUGGAAAAGUCAUGGAAUUUUGAGAAAAAAAAAAAGAAAUUUUGUAGUAUGUACUGAAAUUGUUACAAUAAUCUUCCGUGGAUAACCUUUCAUGAAAUGUAACACGACAGCAAAUUUGCUUUUUGUAGCUGCUGACGCAAAGUAGCUCAAGUAUGUGUGGAUGUGUGACGUUUCGUUUACCAUCAUGUAGGUUUCUUCAUUCUCUGUUCAUGUAUGCCAGCUAACUUAAGUUAUGUUUCAAAAUCGUGUCCAUGAAAAUGUAUGUAUAGUCCAUACAACCCCACUUAGAAAAAAACCAGCUGAACUAUCCCUUUCAGCUGUGAUGUCCUUAAUGGUGUUCUGAUGCGGACGAAAUGUGGGACCAAGCUUGUCUGUGUUGGAUGCAGUGUUUUGUUGUGAUGUUGUCAUGUAGAGAGAGAUGUUGCACUGAUAUCACAUGCACAUGUGUUGUGACAGAUGACAGUAGUGUGAUGACUGGAAUGCAGAGACUGUGCGUGAGUGUAAAGCCCUAAACAAUGUUUGUCAGUGUGUGUUUAAAUUAUAUGCAUCUCUCCCAAAUGUUACUUGUUAUUCAAACUGUACUGUAUAUGUGUAUGGAAAUGUAUAUGCAAAGAAAAACAUAAGAUUUCACUCAG